AUGCACGCCAAGGGCAAGGGCCCCCACGUGCCCUCCGACGGCCAGGCGCGCGAGAAGCUGGCGCUGUACGUUUACGAAUACCUCCUUCACAUCGGCGCUCAGAAGUCUGCACAGACCUUCCUCUCGGAGGUGAGAUGGGAAAAGAACAUCACGCUGGGAGAACCUCCUGGUUUCCUGCACUCCUGGUGGUGUGUGUUUUGGGACCUGUACUGCGCAGCGCCUGACCGGCGGGACGUAUGUGAGCACCCGAGCGAGGCCAAGCCCUUCCGCGAUUACAGCGCCGCGGCAGCGACGAUGAGUCCCGUCAUGUCCACCAUGCAGGCCGGCGAUGGCUUGCCUGCGGGGCCGAUGCCCCCUGGAUUCUUCCAGGCCCCCCGAGGCUCCCAGCUCUCCCCGCACGCUCAGCCCCUGCAACACAACCCCAGCACCACCAUGAUGGGGCCACAUAAUCAGCCCUUCGUGUCCUCGCGCUUCCCCGGCGGCCUCCGGCCCCCACUCCGAAUGCCAGCUCAGCCCCCCGUGGGUGUGCCUGCCCCACAGCCCCUGAUCCCCACUGCCAUGGACCCUGGGACCCGGCUGCAAGGACACCCCAAUAUGGCCCCAAUGCAGCGCAUGACCCCGCCACGUGCCAUGACCAGCCUUGCCCUGCAGCAUUAUGGUGGCGGGAUGAGGCCCAGCCCCGGCAUGGCCACCGUGAACACGGGGCCGGCAGUGCGCAGCCCAUGGCCGAACAUGAACACGAGCUCGGUCUUUUCCUCUUCUCCCAGCAGCUUCGGGGGCACCCCUGGAGGUGGAGGCCUGCCCAGCACACCCCUCGCACCCAGCCCGGGAGACUCCACCAACUCUAGCGAAAGCAUGUACAUGAUGAGCUCCGUCGGCCCUGCCGGGAGCCGGCCCAGUUUCUCCAUGGGGCCCAGUCCGGAGGGCCCGAUGCCCGGGAUGAACACCCUGGAGCCCCAUCGCUUGAAUGGAUCGUUAGGUCCCGGAGACAUGGACGGGAUGCCCAAGAACUCCCCUGGCGGCGUGGUGGGGCUGGCCAACCCGCUGGGCACCCCACGGGACGACAGCACCUGCAGCAGCAGCGAGGCGGGCAGCGGCUUCCUGGCCCCCCUCCGAGGCGAGAGUUAUUCGCCCAGUAUGACCGUGUGA